GUGAGGGGCGGGAGCAAGGAUGGGCGGGGGUGGGGGGCGCUGGGCCGCCGCCUCCAGUUCAGCUGCAGCGCGGCGCAGCCCGAACCACGCCUGGUCGCAUCCCCCGUACCGUUACGCGCAGAGCCGGGCCCUGUCAACACCGCCCCCGCUCUCCACCAGCCAGGGCUGGAGCAAGGGCACCCGAAAAUAUACGCUCCCUGCUGCCCACUCCGCAACCACCCCCGCGCCGGGGGCCGCUGCGCCCUGCUGGAGGGAGAAGGCGGCGGAGGCAGGGAAGAGGAAUCCGCGCCGCUACGCCCGGGGAUGGGGCUGGGCGGCCGAGGUGCGCACCGCGGCUCUGCGGCCACCUCAUUGCGGAGCCCACCGCCCUUCACCCGCACCGCCCCGCACCGUCUGCGUACUAAAAAAGCACUGGAGACCUGGCUCCCCGCGCCGCCCCCAACCGGGCUCGGCAGCCUCCCCGCCCCCACGCCGCUCCCCCAGCGCAGGGCAGCCGCGGGGCAGCGGCGUCCUCCCGGCCUGGGCCCGCGCCCCUCCUCCCGCCGCUCCGGAGCCAGCCAGGGAGGCAGCCCCAGAGUUUGAUGGUGUCCAUAACCCCAUUUUAGAAAUCAGAAAACUGAGAUGUGGGAAAAACUGGGAUUUCCAGAGAGACGGUAAACUCUUUGAGAAGAGGAUCCUACAUGAAUAACUAAGAUGUCAUAUAAUACAGAGCUGAGAACAUGGACAUGGACAGUGCUGUUGGUAUGAAGUGGUGGUUUUCAAGUUAUCUAAAGCCAAAUGGAAGAAAAUCACAAGAAGCCAAUGUGCAAAACAGACGAAGGUGGUCCUACUGUGGGAGAAGUUGGGGUAAAAGUAGGUGCACUGGCAUCCUAUCAGCUGGCCCCACCCUUUACCUCCUCUGCUUAGGCUCUGGAGCACCCCCAGGGAGCAUCCUCCCUUUGUGCCCUGCCCUGUUGGUACCCUGUGUUCUCAGGCUUCUCUGCUGGGAACCUCAGCUUCCUUAGAACCCAAGCAUCCUUGUUUCAGUCUCUCCAGGCUUAAGCAUAAAUGUUUUUGAGCUGAGCUGUAAAAGCUUGAGUUUUAACAUGUUACCCACCCUCUCCCAAAUGAGUGCAUUCUCACAGAGUUUUUCUAAAGAGAAUACCUUGAUCUGACCCAUGGAUCCCCAAUAAGUCAGCUGGAGAACCCACUGAAACUAAUUACAUCCAGUCCUUAUGCCUGUAUUCCCUCAUUCCUGCUGCCCAAGCACAUUUCAGUAGGAAGGCUUGCAGGAUUCAAAUUCUGGAGUUCCUUUUAACUCAAACUACCUGUCAACACAAAUACAUUCUUCCCCAUUAAGCAAAUAUUUCCUUUCUUCUUCUUAAUUCCAGUUAAUUGAAGGAAGAGAGUAAAUAACAUUUUUGGUGGAACUUUUGAUGAUGGUACAAGACACUUCCUAUUCAGAGCAGCAGGAGCAGAAUGAAGAGUGGCUGUCCUGUCCAACCUUUGACCCUGGCAUCACUCCAGCCCAUCCCACCCCAGCACUGGCCAUCUUGGCUGCCUGUUAUCCCUGGCUUCAUGUUGCAUUCUUCCUCUUCCCUUGAUUUGUCAAACUGGAUUAUUGGAGCAACAUGUUCGUCCUUGACUUCACAUCCUGCUGAUCUCCUUGGAUGUGGGGAUCCAGUUUUCACUCCAGACCCAAAUGGAGACCCUGGUGCUCUUACCUGUUGUUCACUGACCAGUGGCUCUUCCGUGUCCACCUGAUCCUGGCCACCUCUGGACACCAGUCCCUGCCAGCCACAAAUGGCAAGCCACACAUGCCAACUUGAAUCUGGGAAUAGCCAGGAACCUCUUGCCCGGCUCUGAACUCUCUGUCCUACAAGCCCAUUUCCAUUCAGUUCCAAACCCUUGUCUUAGCCAUCUCACUAGCCUCCUGACUUGACAUUGCACGUGUUCUUCCACCUCUUUGACUUGGGUUACCUCUACAAACGUUCACAGUGUUCACCUGGGCCCUCUAGAGCCUUUUGCCUGACCUGCCCCCAUACCUGCCCCACUACCUGAAAUGACACUCUCACCAUCACAUUUUAGAACAUUCCACUGGCACCUGAGGAGUCAGCAUGAGCCAGCCAGGAAAAUCCUCUUACAGAGACGGGCUUUUCAAUUUUCUUAAAUUCACCGUGUAGAUCGGGAGAUGAUUUUCAGAAGGAACUAUAACAUAGAGGAUGUAAAUCUGGAGUUUUAGUCCAGGCAAGAAGGAGGUACAAACAUUCCCAUAAAGGAAAAAUGAUUUAAUCUCUAUCCUAUCAUUCUACCAGAUGGGAUGAGGCCCGCUGGGAAUGUUGGGAAGGAAAUGUUUAUCGGGAAGAUAACAGGAUUUAGGACUCUUUUGUUAUCCACCUUCCAUAAGCAGUCGCUUUUCUCUCCUGAAUAUUUUUAGAGAGAAAAAAGUGUUGGCUUGAAUGCCUAGUGCUUUCUUACGUAAUAAAAAAGUCAAGCAAAGGGCACAUCUGGGUUCGGCUUGGACUCAGCAGCCUGCCUGCAUUAUCACAAGUGCUAAGAGGCUCGCCGAACCUUGAGGACUGUCAUGCAAUUUCUCUCCAAGUUUUAUGCCUCUUCCCCUGAAAAAGGGGCCCAUCUCAAGGCAGGCCACUAUGAUGCCUAGCCCCUUGUCGAUGUUUCGGCAAGGGUUAAAUAGAUCGUUAGGGUUUUACUAAAUUUGAAGGCAAGAUUUACAAACCUAGUUUUUCUUCUAACUGACUAUGGGCCAACUUGGUUCCUUUUGCUCAUCUGUCAGCUCGUGAGGGUUUAGCCUUUGUAACCUGAAAGAUACCCUCCAGCAGUGAAAUUCUUCCACUUCAUAAUAAAUCCUAGUUGGCACCUAGGCAUGAAUUGGAAAUCCAUGUGAGAUAAGACAUUCUAGAACUGAAUAUAUUAGUAUCCUUCAGCAGUGAUAGUAAUAAUUUGAGUUUGAAUGACAAUGGGAAGUCAUCUUCCCCUCCUAUAAAUAACCAAGAUUAAAUGAGACAGUGUACCCAUGGGAUCACCUAGCAUGGAGGGCACAAUGCAUUUCAGUUUUAUAGACAUUUCCUAUAAAAUAUUUUGCAAAGUAUGUUGUAGAAGUCCUGUUCUUUCACUUAGAUUUACCAAGACAAUUGGGUCCUAAAAAGCCCAUUAUAAUGUUUUUUUUUAAUGUAUUCAGGAUCCAGUCAAAGAUCACACAUUGCAUGUAGUUACUGGCUCUCUUUAGUUAUUCUUAAUCUAGAACAGUCUUUUCCCAUUUUUCGUAACACUGAUAAAUUUGAGGAGUCUGAGCUGGUUGUCUUGUAGAAGGUUACACAAUUUGAAUUUUUGGGAUUGUUUCCUCAUGUUGAGAUUCAGAUUUAACAUGUUUGGCAGAAGAACUUCUUCAGUGAUGUUCAUACCAUUAUUUUUUAAAAACUGCUUUUAUUUUACCUUUAAUAUGCUAUCAAAUAUUACAAAUAUAUGGAGAAACAGAGGGUGGUACAAAAUGCCAUUCCCAGAAAUAACCAGUAUUUACAUUCUAAUGACAUAUUAGAUUUUUUUCCUUGCAUAUAAAGGCUCCAUUUUUCAUA